CCCCCCCCCCCGACGACGGAGUGUCUCGAACAGGUGAUAGGAGGAUCCGGAAACCGAGGCCACCUGGGCAUCCCUCCCCGCUCUCAGCCAGGCCCGGCACCCCAAAGGCAGUGGGGAAACCAUGGCGACCAAUUUCAACGACAUCGUCAAGCAAGGCUAUGUGAAGAUGAAGAGCAGGAAGCUCGGGAUUUACCGGAGGUGCUGGCUGGUGUUCCGGAAAUCCUCCAGCAAAGGGCCCCAGCGGCUGGAGAAGUACCCAGAUGAGAAGUCAGUGUGCCUCCGAGGCUGCCCCAAGGUAACUGAGAUCAGCAACGUCAAAUGUGUCACGCGGCUCCCCAAGGAGACCAAGAGGCAGGCGGUGGCCAUCAUAUUCACCGACGACUCAGCACGUACCUUCACCUGUGACUCAGAGCUGGAGGCGGAGGAGUGGUACAAGACUCUGUCUGUGGAGUGUCUGGGGUCACGACUCAAUGACAUCAGUCUGGGAGAGCCGGACCUCCUGGCCCCAGGAGUGCAGUGUGAGCAGACAGACCGCUUCAAUGUCUUCCUGUUGCCCUGCCCCAACCUGGAUGUGUAUGGCGAGUGCAAGCUGCAGAUCACCCACGAGAACAUCUACCUCUGGGACAUACACAACCCCCGCGUGAAGCUCGUCUCGUGGCCCCUCUGCUCGCUGCGUCGCUAUGGCCGGGAUGCCACACGCUUUACCUUCGAGGCUGGCCGGAUGUGUGAUGCCGGGGAAGGGCUCUACACCUUCCAGACACAGGAGGGGGAACAGAUCUACCAGCGGGUCCACAGUGCCACCUUGGCCAUCGCUGAGCAACACAAGCGCGUCCUGCUGGAGAUGGAGAAGAACGUGAGGCUGCUGAACAAGGGCACGGAACAUUACUCAUACCCCUGCACGCCCACCACCAUGCUGCCCCGCAGUGCCUACUGGCACCACAUCACAGGUUCCCAGAAUAUUGCCGAGGCGUCCAGCUGUGCCGGUGAGUCCCAGCGGUGCCCCACACUCACCUGCCACAAGGUUCUGUGGAGGACCGGGCCUUCUGGGCGGGGGUCCUUUGACCUGCGUCCAAGUCCUGAGCCCGCCUCCGUGUCCACAGGUGAGGGGUACGGGGCAGCCCAGGCCAGCUCAGAAACAGACCUCCUCAACCGAUUCAUCCUGCUAAAGCCAAAGCCUGGCCAGGGGGACGGCAGCGAGGCCAAGACCCCGGCCCAGUGACGGCAGGGCCGGCGUGUGCCAAGGACCGCCGGGGCUGCCUCUUGCUGGGCCGACUGCAGCGUGUUGUGGAGGCCCUCAAGGGGCUGCUGGCCAAGAGCCUGGAGAAGCGGAGCAAGCGAUCCCUUCCUUGCCCCCAGGGUGAGGCUGGACCAAGGCAAAGGGCUGGCCACACCGCCAGAGCAUGUGAGGGGCUGGAGCUACUGUGGGACUAUAUACUGUUAAUGAUUUUAAUAUAUAUGGCUUAUGACAUA